AUGAGCGAGGAAUCUCCAGGUCUCCGACUCAGGUCACGGUCUCAAGAAAAAAUCCAAGUUCCUCCCUCUCCACCUCAAAGACAAUCGGCUGAUGGGGAACUCUCAAGAAGGACGAAGACUUUACUGGUUGGAGCUCUGUUCGUUGCUGGGCUUUGCGUCUGUGCGCUGAUCCUGUUGAGAGUUCGAGAUAUUGAAGACUUUAUUAUUUAUUCACCCCACAGCGAGCUUCGACGACGGCUUGCUGAAGCUUCCAGUACUAAAGACUCGGUCACCACGCUGCACUUGGAUGAGCGAUACGCCUUCGAUGGGACUCAUUCGGACUUCGCCCAGCAGUUUUAUCGACGACAUCUAGCUGGGGAUGAAGCAGAUGCGAUCACGGACACAAGCGACCUUGAGGAGGUGGUCAACUACGUCAAGGACGAGUUCGGAUUGGCCUUUUCCGAUCUCCCGGCGAUGCUGCAGCAUGCGGUUGUGUGGGAUAUGGGCUACGUGGCUGCGGCGGCUCUGGGCUACGUCAAGGUGUACACUAAGUGCGGAGUAAAGAUGUCAGAGCUGCAGAUAACGCGUACUGCGUACAGAAGUACGGGGUGUAAAGAGCAGAGGUGCUCGUCGCCCAACGGCGAGAUCUUCUACCAGUCGCUGUACUGCAGCGGCUAUCAGAUGGGGAACGUUAGCCUCUGUGCUGCUACGAACGGGAUUACUCCGGUGCACGGAUCCAUGUGGGCUAACGGUGGCACGGACGACAUGGUGCCGGUGAGCGAGAUGAAGCGGCACGAAUGGACCGACGCUGGGAUCAACUACACCAUCAUGGCCAUCCACCUCACGGGGGACCCGAACAGAUACGGGAAAUGCGUCAUGCCGGCAAUGACGGUGCCGUGUGUGGCCUACGAUGCAAGCACAGCCGACGAAUCCGACUGGUGCUCGCCAGAGCAUGGGGAGAUAGUACCGCAGUGGCUCGAGCUCCUGAAAGCCGCAAGCGUUGAAGUUACUGAGAGUUCGGGAUGGCAAAAAGCUGCUCUACCCGUGACAAUCACGGCGUUGGUACUACUACUGCUAGUGUUGAUAGCAGUGUUUGUUUUCUGGCUGAAGACUCGCGCGAAAUUGCGGGAGACGGAGGAUAUCCUCGAGCAAAAGCGCGCGAUUUUGGGCGGACGCGGCUCCGACGAGUUCUCCAUGCUGGACGACAUCGACUUCAUCCUCGACGCGUCCAUCUUCGAGAAGGAUGCGAAGUGGGAGGCCUGGAUGCCCACACCGAUGAAAGCUAAACAGAUGAAGAAGAACUACGACAGAAGCAGCGAGGACUACGACACUGUGCUCUUGAGAGGGAGCUUUGACGGCCUAAUCGACGUGGACGGCUUCUAUCUUCACGAAGGUUCGGCCCACCACCGCCAUCUCCGUUCUCCCAGCAAGGCCACAACCGCUGGCUUGACGAGCUUCGCAUCCGGUGGCUCUGGUAGUCCACGCAACACGUUGACGCUGACCUUCACGGACCCGACGAACAGCUCACUCUCCACUGAUCCAUCUUCUGGAUCGAUAGUGAGUCCCCUGAUAGAGUUCCAGAACGAUUUGGCAGUGUCAACUCGCCGAGUUCCGUUCGUCGACGUGAGCUUGGUGCGGCUGAUAACAGCGGGCGCGUAUGGCGAAGUCUGGCUAGGACGCUUGCGUGGAGAGAUCGUGGCUGUCAAGCGCCUCACGCGUGAACGCCGUCGCCAGCUCCACGACCUCGAGGUCUUCGCAGCCGAAAUUCAGCUCAUGGCCUCCUUCGCCCACUCGAAUGUGCUUGGACUGCUGGGUGUCGCCUGGAACACGCUUGAGAACAUGCUUCUGAUCAUGGAGUACAUGGAACGUGGAGACUUACAGCAAGUUCUGCAGUAUCACAGCGACAAGGGUCUAGAGCCUGAGGGCUCUGAUUCUAAGGAGUUCUCCUGGGCCUCGCACAAAGCGAAAAUCGCUCGAGACAUCGCCUGUGGCCUCAAGUAUCUGCACGGUUUAGAGCCGAUAGUCGUGCACCGAGACUUAAAUGGCGUGGGCACUGCCAACUGGACUGCGCCCGAGGUGCUCGCGGGGUACAAGUACUCGGAGAAGGCCGACGUCUACUCCCUUGGAGUCGUGCUCACUGAACUCGACACUGGGGAGCUACCGUUCUACGACGCGCGAACAUCGGACGGCGACAAGAUGGAGGCCAUCCACAUUUUGAGUCUCGUUGUUAGUGGCAAGUUGCAGCCAAGUUUUACACUCGACUGUCCCGAAGACGUGCGGAAGUUGACGCUCGCGUGCCUUAGUCCGCAGCCGGAGUGUCGACCGUCGGCGAACGAGGUCAUGGAGGAACUUAACCGCCUGCUGGAGUCGGACGAGGAUGGUCGAAGACCCGCGACCGGCGGCUUCGUUUGA